CCCAGGGCUCGGGCCUCCGCACACCCCUAACCGCCCCUGACCCGUGGCCCACGCAAGGCUCCCAGGCGCUUGCAAGAUGCUCACAGUGGCUGUGUGCCUGGCGCUGCUGGGCUGCCUGCAGGCCCAGGAGCUCCGUGGACAUGUGUCCAUAAUCCUGCUGGGAGCCACCGGGGACCUGGCAAAGAAGUACUUGUGGCAGGGACUCUUCCAGCUGUACCUGGACGAGGCAGGGAACGGCCACCAUUUUAGCUUCCACGGGGCCGCUCUAACGCCUCCCCAACAGGGCCAGGAGCUCAUGGCCAAGGCCCUGGAGACUCUCUCCUGCCCCAAGGACACCAUGCCCAGCCACUGCGCUGAACUCAAGGAGCAGUUCCUGCAGCUAAGCCAGUACCACCAACUGAGGACGGCUGAGGACUACCAGGCUCUGAGCAGACAUAUCGAGGCCCAUGUCCAGCAGGAGGGCCUCCAGGAGGCUGGCAGGAUCUUCUACUUCUCAGUGCCUGCCUUCGCCUAUGCCGACAUUGCCCGCCACAUUAAUAGCAGCUGCCGGCCAGCCCCUGGCGCCUGGCUGCGGGUUGUCCUCGAGAAACCCUUCGGCCACGACUACCACUCAGCCCAGCAACUGGCCACGGAACUCGGGAGCUUUUUCCAAGAGGAGGAGAUGUUCCGAGUGGACCAUUACCUGGGCAAGCAGGCCGUGGCUCAGAUUCUGCCCUUCCGGGACCAGAACCGCCAGGCCUUGGAUGGCCUCUGGAACCGGCACCACGUGGAACGGGUGGAGAUCAUCAUGAAGGAGACGGUGGAUGCGGAAGGCCGCACCAGCUUCUACGAGGAGUACGGCGUCAUCCGGGACACUCUGCAGAAUCACCUGACGGAGCUCCUCAUGCUCAUCGCCAUGGAGCUGCCUAGCGACAUUGGCAGCUCGGCUGCGGUGCUGGAGCAUAAGCUGCAGGCCUUCCGCGCCCUGCGGGGCCUGCAGAAGGGCAGCGCCGUCCUGGGCCAGUACCAGACCUACAGCGGGCAGGUGCGGCAGGAGCUGCAGAAGCCGGGCAGCUUCCACAGCCUGACGCCAACCUUCGCAGGGGUCCUGGUCCACAUGGACAAUCUGCGCUGGGAGGGUGUGCCUUUCAUCCUGACAUCUGGUAAGGCCUUGGAUGAGAGAGUGGGCUAUGUUCGCAUCGUGUUCAAGAACCGGGCCUAUUGUGCCCAGAGCGAGGGCCACUGGGCCGCAGAGCAGAGCCGAUGUCUGCCCCAGCAGAUCGUCUUCUACAUCGGACAUGGUGGGCUGGGCCACCCCGCCAUCCUGGUCAGCCGGAACCUGUUCAGGCCCUCCCUGCCCUCUCAGAGCUGGGAGGAGGUAGAGGCCCAGCCGGGCCUCCGCCUUUUCGGCCGGCCCUUGUCCGAUUACUAUGCCUUCCGCCCGGUACGGGAGUGGGACGCCUACUCCUUCCUGUUAUCCCAGAUCUUCCACUGUCGGAAGGAAUCCUUCAUCACCACGGAGAAUUUGCUGGCCUCCUGGGUCUUCUGGACCCCCUUGUUGGACAGCGUGGCCCACGAAGUCCCACGCAUCUACCCCGGGGGCUCGGAGAACGGUCACCUGCUGGACUUCGAGUUUGGCGGCGGCCAGUUGUCGUUCACCCAGCAGCCGCUGGAGCAGCUGGUGCCCGGGCUGGCGUCUUCCCCAAGGCCCAGUGACUUCCGGGUCCUCAGGGCCCAGUACCGAGAAAGCCCGCUGAUCUCCGCCUGGCCUGAGGAGCUCAUCUCUAAGCUGGCCAGUGAUAUUGAGGCCACCGCCCAGCAGGCCGUGCGGCGCUUUGGCAAGUUCCACCUGGCGCUCUCGGGCGGCUCCAGCCCCGUCGCCCUGUUCCAGCAGCUGGCCACCGGACACUUCAGCUUCCCCUGGGCCAACACGCACCUGUGGCUGGUGGAUGAGCGCUGCGUGCCUCUCUCAGAUCCGGACUCCAACUUCCAGGGCCUGCAGGCGCACCUGCUGCAGCACAUCCGGGUCCCGUACUACAACAUCCACCCCAUGCCCGUGCACCUGCACCAGAGACUCUGCGCCGAGGAGGACCAGGGUGCCCAGACCUACGCCAGUGAGAUCUCCGCCCUGGUGGCCAACAGCAGCUUCGACCUGGUCUUGCUGGGCAUGGGCAUAGAUGGGCACACGGCCUCCCUCUUCCCACAGUCGCCCACGGGCCUGGAUGGCGAGCAGCUUGUGGUGUUGACCAAGAGCCCCUCCAGACCACACCAGCGCAUGAGCCUCAGCCUGCCCCUCAUCAACCGUGCCAAGAAGGUGGCCGUCCUGGUCAUGGGCAGGACGAAGCGGGAGAUCACCAUGCUGGUGAGCCGUGUGGGGCACCAGCCAAAGAAGUGGCCCAUCUCGGGUGUGCUGCCUCGUUCUGGCCAGCUGGUUUGGUACAUGGACUACGAGGCCUUUCUGGGGUGAUGGGGAUGCCUCCGCCCUUUGCUCCACCCAGACUUGCUCCCACCAGCCAUCUUCCUUUGCAUCCUGCCUCUCCCUGUCCAGGGCACGAUGAGCUCCAUCGCCGCUUCUGAGGGAGCCGGCUCUGUGUGGUGGCGGGGUCUACAUGCAGAGCCAAAGCACAAGUAGCUUCUCUGCUCUUGAGAUGCCUCACACCCAGGUCAGAGGAGAAACUUCAACCAUGGAAAAUCCAGCAGUUACAGGUCAGCACCGAGUAAAAUGGGAGAAGCUGGAGUCCCCAAGAAGGCAUGAGGCCUGGUGUCAGGUGACCCCUGCCUUCCUGUGGCCUGGUAAAAAUCAGGUGCCUCCGACUCCCCAUGGCCUCCUAUGGCCUACUGCCCAGCUUUUACAUGAUUAGCUGACUGCCUGGUCCUUGCACACAGCUUCUACUUGCUGUGUUGAGGGUCUUGUCCCCUGGGUUCUCAGUUCCUCCCGUUCCUCUUUUCUUUUUCUGUCAGUCGUGGGGCCUGGACUCUGGGCCUGGGCGCUGUCCCUCAGCUCUUCAGCUCA